ACCUACAUUUGCUUUCUUCUCUCAACAAACACAAACACAUCUCUCCAUUUUUCUCCUCUCUUUCUCUAACCUAAACUAAUAUAUAAUACACAUUUUUUUGUGUAUAUCAUGACGGUUUCGAAAGAUGAAAACUCUCUUCAUCGCAAAAGCAGUCUUGGGAGGAUUGCUCCUGUGGAAGCAGUUCUGUUUGAUGUAGAUGGAACAUUGUGUGAUUCAGAUCCACUCCAUUUUUAUGCCUUUCGAGAAAUGCUUCAAAAGAUUGGUUUCAAUGGUGGGAUUCCAAUUGACGAAGAGUUUUACAUUAAGAAUAUUGCUGGCAAGAACAAUGACGGUAUUAUCCGAACGCUAUUCCCGAAUGAUGUCGAACAAGGUGCAGAAUAUAUGAAUGAGAAGGAGGCUAUGUUUAGGAGAUUAGUUGUUGAACAAUUAAAGCCGGUGAGUGGCUUGUAUAAAGUGAAGAAAUGGGUGGAAGAUCACAGAUUGAAAUGUGCUGCAGUUACGAACUCCUCUCGAAUUAAUGCCGAGCUCAUGAUCUCGAUGCUCGGUCUUACGGAUUUUUUCGAGACUAUUAUUAUAGGUGAUGAAUGUGAGCACCCCAAACCACAUCCAGAACCAUAUUUAAAGGCUUUGGAAGCACUCCAAGUAUCAAAGGAUCACACUUUCAUUUUUGAGGAUUCUCUAACAGGGAUCAAAGCUGGAGUUGAAGCCGAUAUGCCUGUUGUCGGUAUAUCAAUGAGAAAUUCUGAGCAGUUGUUGAUGCAAGCAAAGCCAGCCCUCCUCGUAAAAGACUACAACGAUUUGAAAUUGUGGUUAGCUUUGGACGAACUAGUUGUGAGAGGAGAUACCAUUGCAAAUGCAUGAUAUCAUCGAUGUAACGAUGAAUUGGUCUAUCAAUCUAUCCCUGCUCUCUAUCUAAUAUAUGCUUUGGGUUAAGUUAUUUGUAGAAAUAAACUUGUUAUUGGUCUUCACCUUUGGGUCUUAAUACCAAUCCUAUUACAAUAAAAAUACUAAAUAUAGGAUGGUUAAUUGAUUAGGAAAUGUCAUUAAAAUUAAAGGCCCUAUGUAUAAUAUGUUGCUCUCCUUGUAUUUUCUAUUUUGAAUUUGACUUUAUGUGUGAUAUAUUGUCUGCCUUAUUUAUCAAAAUUUGUCUUUUCUUCCCUUA